AUGUUGGAUGAUGCACAAGCACUUUACCAUGACAAAUCAUUUUGGAGUACACUCAUCAAAGUCACCCCAAUGUUGAUACCAUCAAACAUAAAAUUCCUCAUUGCUGCAACCCAUUCCUUGGCUGGGGGAGUAGAAAGCCCUGCAGAAUUCCAAUAUCUUUGGAAGCUUGGCAGAACAGAUUUCCUGCUUUGUGAUGAUGAGGCAAAUCAGUUUCUUGAUUUACCUACUGGAUUUGCCAAGGACCCUUCUCCAUCUGAAACAGAUUUGAUUACAUAUUACCUAUCAGAUAGUGUUGUGCAGCAAAUGGCAAGAUAUUUUGGUAGCCAGCAUUCAGGGCCAAUCAGUCAGGUGCUCAAGAAUGCACUUAUCAAGUGUCUCAUUGAUGAACCAAUUAUUGCUCCUAUCAAUGACAUGCUGGAUGUAGAUGACAAGGAUUCAAGGUGUUACACAAGCCUUAUGAAGGCAGGUAUUUUAGCACUUGGAAAUGAUGGAUAUACACUUCAAUUCUCAUCCCCCUUGGCUCUGAAGUAUUAUAGCAAGUGGUUUUUCCCAAAGCGUUCUUGCACCAAACCAUCUUCACUCCAUUCUCUAAUUGUCAAUGCCAUUGGAAACAUGUCUGCAUCAUUGCUUCAACAGUCAACACCAACAUGUGCCAUUUGUCCUGAACUUUCAAAAGUAUUUCCUCCUCCAACUUGUGCUAGCACUGAACACAUUCAUGGAGAAGUUGAUUUCUAUCUCAAUGGAACUUUUCAAUGGGGCCUUGAAUUGUUGGUGAAUGAUGAUGGGAUCACAGAACACAUUGACCAAUUUGGCUCAAAUGGAAAGUACUCUCUCCUUGCUGUAAAUGACUAUGCAGUUAUUGAUUUUCAUGGAAACAAGACUGGAAAUGUUACAAAUAUUGUUCCCAACCCAAAGAGAAUUACAGCUUUUUUUAAACUUGGAGAUUUUUCAACAUGCACAUGCAUCUUUGGAUUGGACAAGGAACCCAUUUCCAUCAAGUUGAGAAAUUAA